CCCAGAUACUUUCCCAUAACCAAACGAACGCAACAAAGAGAACCCAUAACUCUUCAAACCCUCUCAUAUAAAUACCCACCUUCUCUACAUAACAACUCACACAAACCAAAUAUCAUGACCCGUUGCUGCCUCUCCCUUCACGCACUCCUUAUGGUGCUCCUUCUCCAACCACCCGCACCACAUUAAUCCCUUCUCUCUCCCAAAUUCCCAAUCAAUUUUCCCAGAAGGUGCAUAAACAUCACUACAAUGCUUGAUACAGUUCUUUUGGCACUUUUUCUUCCUUGUCUAGGAAUGAGUGCCAUCUUCGUCGUCUACAUGUGCCUUCUCUACGCCACCACUCGUCACCGUUCAGAUUCAAAUCCACCGUUGAAGCCGGUCACCGAAAAGGGUCUCUCCCCUUUAGAUCUUGAAAAGCUUCCUAAAAUCACCGGUAAGGAAUUGCUCGCGCCCACCGAAUGCGCCGUUUGCCUUGACGAUAUCGUUGAUGAACAACCGGCUCGUCUGUUACCCGGUUGUAACCACGCUUUUCAUCUCCAAUGUGCCGACACGUGGCUCUCCAAACACCCUAUGUGUCCUCUAUGUAGAGCAAAACUUGACCCUCAGAGUCUCAAUUCUGAGAGUCCCUGCUGAACGAUCGAUCAAAAUUCAUUGGUGCAUGUUUAUAUCAGAAUAACAUGAAUUACUCUGAUCAUCGUUGCGAUAUUAAACAUGCACUUCAUGACAUUGUUAUACAGUUGUGCACGAAAAUCUUGAUAUUGAGAUAAAAUUAUAAGAAAUUGCCGUAGUUACUGCGGUAACUUUCUGAAAUUGUCGCAUUUUACUGUGUAUAUGCAAAUGAAGCGGCGUGCGGCAGAAGGAUAGAAGGGUUAUUACAAAUAACUUAUGUUCUAAUUUUAGGUUUAUUUUGUUUUAUUGUGAAUUAUUAGUAGCUGCUAAUGUAGUGAUCCAAAAAUGUUGUUUUUUUUGGAACUGUUGAAGGAAAUGAAUUUAUGAUUACGUUUUUAGAAUUUAUUUUUUGUUUGUUUGUGUUGCUGUGAAAUGAAUUGCAGUCACGUAACAUAAAAUUGAAGACACGUAUGUUAGGGUUGUUGAAGAAAGUGGGAUGAAUGGGGCCAUAUGUAUUGUACUACUACUUUGAACGGUUUCAUGUACUUUCUGACAAAGAGUCACAAGUAACGCAGUGGGAUUUUUUU